AUGAGAACCCUAAUCGCACUUCUUGGCCUCAUCGAAUUUGUUUGUGGGGCGGCCGUUGUCUACUCGGGCACCACACAAACCUAUGUGCUCAACAAGUUUAUCGCACAUCGCUCAAAAGUGGCAAAGGGACAACAACAAUGGCACGACUACGAGGCCGAGUACGACUAUCAAUGGGGUGGUGGCACAAAGCCUCCGGUUAAGUACUACCCAGCCGCCAACAAGAUGUACACUUUGAGAUGGAAUGCUUCGUUGGCCACCGCCGCUGCGAAUCGUCUGAAUACUCUUUCUGGGAAUCAGAUGACCGGCACAGUGCCAAGCAAUGUCGGAGAAAUCACUCAUGGUGUUCUCUAUGGGAUCGCUCCAAACACAAUGACUGCACAGGCAAUGUUCAAUGCCGCUUGGAGUAGCUCGUGGGGCAACUAUUUGAACACUUUCGGCCUCCCGUCAAUGGCCUAUCAGCCUAAUAGCGGCAACAGCUACUAUAAUUUCAACUACCAGAUCAUUGCCGGACCGGCGAAUCAGAUCGGCUGCGCCUACAUCAACAUGACCAACAAUCAAUACGCGACUGUUUGCCACGUAUAUCCAAAAGGUCUGGCUGCUGGAGUGUCCGUCUACAUUUCUGGAACAAAAGCCACCGCUUGCUCGAAAUGCCCGAAUGCCACCGCUCCGUGCAACUCCGUUAGCAAGCUCUGCGUCAUCAAAGCAUCUGGA